GGUGGCUGAAAGCGGAAGUCGGGAUGGGCGUCGCUCUCCGAGUUGGGUCUUGAGGGCCGCCUUAGGGGCGGCGCGGGUGGGGAAGGGGCUCGGCGAUGGCGUCGCCGGCAGAAGCGGGGGUGGCGGUGUGCGUGGUGCUGGCUGUCGCCGUCGUGUUGGCCGGGCGGGUAGCAGAGGCGACCAAGAAUUCUGAGGAUGUCCGUUGUACAUGCAUCUGUCCUCCUUACAAAGACCAUGCUGGCAACAUUUUCAACAAAAAUAUUUCACAGAAAGACUGUGAUUGUCUUCAUGUUGUUGAGCCUAUGCCAGUUGCUGGGCCAGACGUGGAAGCAUAUUGCUUACGCUGUGAAUGCAAAUAUGAAGAAAGAAGCUCCGUCACAAUUAAGGUUACCAUCAUAAUAUAUUUGUCCAUCUUGGGUCUCCUUUUGCUGUACAUGGUAUAUCUUACAUUGGUAGAACCUAUUCUGAAGAGACGGCUAUUUGGUCAUUCACAGCUAAUACAAAGUGAUGAAGACGUUGGGGAUCACCAGCCGUUCGCAAAUGCUCAUGAUGUGCUGGCUCGUUCCCGAAGUCGUGCCAAUGUGCUGAACAAAGUGGAGUAUGCCCAGCAACGCUGGAAACGCCAAGUCCAAGAACAGCGCAAAUCUGUGUUUGACCGCCACGUUGUACUCAGUUAACUGAGCAUAAUUUUCUCCCAAUUAAUGCUGGAAGAAAAGAAGUUGGACUAAAUUAUAGCACUGAUUUGUCUUCCUGAUACACGGUUUCAGAAUAUUUUUUUGCUCAGUGAUAGCAAAGAAUAGUUGCAGACAUGGCAGACACAGCCAAUGGGAGAUAUUUAAAUCUUUAACAAGCCAAAAUCUAACUCUGUAUGCUGUUCAGUGGCUCUUACCAAUAAAAUAUAAGUAAUGAUCUGUGUGGUAAUCAUGCUGUUGAGAUGAUUAAUUACAAUACUUAUGGGGAAAAUUCACUAAUGUACGUGGAGAAACUGCAAGAGACAGUGUGCAGCGACAUAUAUGUUACAAAAUAACUUUACAUACUGUUGAACUUUUGUAAAUAUAUUUUCCUACUGUCUGUGUAUUGAAAACACACAUCUUAAGGUAUAGUUCUUGCAUUCAAAUUGGCUGGUUUUGUGUAAAUUGUGUUGCUUGCACUGUCAGCUGACUUCUGCAAAUGUGAAGAGUAGCAUACAUGGACAGAUGGUAAGCUCGAGGCUUAAAGCAGGAAACUAAAAUUAUCAUGCUGUGCACACUUAGUGAGAAUAUUGGUCUCCUGUUUUGCCUAUUAAGCAUUUUCUCUUGUUAUCUACAAAUCUUGAUUAUAUGUUUGAAUUUUGGUCUUCGGUGGGU